UCGGAGUGGAUCCCUGGCUCGCUCUAACAAGAACCAUCCCUUUCCUUGCAAGGCCAGCCUUGUUUCUCGCAGCACGGCUCCCGUUUCUUUGAAUCUUGAGCCUCGGACUCAGAUUUUCCCUCUGUCUGCUGGAAAACUUUUGAACCAGGUUGAACCUCUCCUGGACCAGUUUCCAUCCAUUGUUCCUUGUCUGGCCUUCAGGUGCUUUGGGAAAUAGCAGACCAAGCACUAUCCAGGCUAUGGAAAGUCCCACGAUGGAGCCCUUUGUGGACGUGGACCAAGGCAUCUGCCUCACCUUCCUCUCCCUGAUGGGUCUCUUCCUGCUGGCCAUGAUGGUGAGGUGCGCCAAGCUGAUCGUGGACCCCUACACGGCCAUCCCCACCUCCACCUGGCAGGAGGAACCCGUGGACUGA